UAGUACACUGCCGAGCUACCACCAAUCCCUCAACGAGCUCUGUUUGACCCGGGUUGACUCGGCGCAGAACGCCGGCAGACCGAGCUCGACGCUAGACAACUCAGGUCGUCAUGGUGGCACUACCGCUGUUCAAGCUCGCGUCGCUAUUCGUGCGACACGUUUCCAAAUACGGCGCGAACCACAUUAAGCACCAGGCACACGAGCACCCGCGGUUCCGGGCCUUCGCUGCACGGUAUGGCCAGCUAAUACACCAACUCAACAUGCGCUUGUCGGUCGCCGUGUUGCGGAAUAAAGACGCGGAACAACGGGCGAAGGAGAAGGCCGAGGCGCCCACGGUUAAGACUGAGGAGCAGGUCAAGAAGGAAGAGGAGCACCUUGCAAAGUAUGGGACAACCGCACGGGCGACGUUGAAGGAGCCGUCCGGGAGCGUGUGGAGGCGCAAGUUCAGGCCGCUGCCCGAGGCCAAAGCGGUCGACCUCUUUGCCGACGUGAUCGGAGACACCUUCAUCCUUGCGGUCGCCGGCGCGUUGGUAACCUACGAGUAUUGGAGGUCUUCGCAAAAGCCGGAUAGGAACAAGGAGAUGAUUGAGGAGCUCCAACGGCGGAUGGAGGAGCUGAGGAUAAAAGAGGAGGAGCUCGAGGCCAGGGAGAAGGCGCAGCAAGAACGGGUCCAGUUGAUCGAGGAGGCGUUGAAGGCAUUCAAGGACCCAAAGACGAAGAGACCGCUGUUGGAGACGCCAACCGCGGCUGCGUGAGGCGGGGAUUUUCCUCCGGAAAUCUUCCGUUGCCUGAUUCGACUGUAAUAUCAUGGUUUAGAGGACUCCCUUGUGGGAUUCCGUUCGAGACGGCGCCAACCUGGUGCCUUGUCGAGGCGAGGAAGGUGCGAGGGUUCUCGCGAGUUUGAACGGCCCCUCUCAAUAUCAAUCUGGAACUGGAAACUAAAUGCGAUAGAGAGUACCUACCUUACCUGAUUUAGAUACCCUAGCAAAUACCGAAUACCACUCCUUAUAUUUUCCAACCCAACCUGCGAAC